AUGCAGGUGACGUGGCUCAGCUGGCAGCACACUGAAUUGGGAGCCAGACAAUUGAGCCAGUUAUUAGAAGUUGAAAGUAGAUUGCCUGGUGGCUGCAGUAGUUGUGUUGUUACCACAAGUACCAGAUAUUUAUCUCAGUCUGUUCAUAUCUAUCUAUCAAUCUAUCUAUCUCAGUUUGUUCAUAUCUAUCUAUUUAUCUCCUGCUCCUAUUUAUCUAUCGCAAUCUGUUCACUUCUAUCUAUCUAUCUGAGACGAUCUGUUCAUAUCUACCUAUCUAUAUAUCUAUCUAGGUCAGCAUGUUCAUAUCUAUCUCACUCUGUUUAUAUCUAUCUCAUCUGUUCAUAUCUAUUUCAUUUCGUUCAUACCUAUCUGUCUAUUCAUGUCUAUCUAUCUGUUUAUCUAUGUAUCUGUCUAUCUAACUUAGCCUUUCUAUCUAUCUAUAUCAUUCUGUUAAUAUCUGUCUUUCUAUCCCAGUCUGUUUAUAUCUAUAUAUCUAUUUCAGUUUGGUUAUAUCUAUCUAUCUAUCUAUCUUAUUUUUUAGAGGAAGUUUCUGGUGAUCAAUUUAUCUAUUAUAGAUCAUCUAUCUCAGUGUACAUCUAUUUAUCUCAGGCUUCUCUAUAUCAACCUAGCUUUGUCUACUUUGAUGUCCAUCAGUCUCCUUCAAUUCUAUUCAUCUAUCUCAUCUCUCUGAUUAUGUGUACUUGUCUCUGUGACUAUCUAUGCUCCACUUUACUGUCUGUCUCUCUGUCUCAGUUUACUUUUCUCUCUAUUUAUCUAUGUUUAUUUUUGCCUGUCUCUCUGUCUCAGUUUACUUUUCUCUCUUUCUACCUAUGUAUCUAUCUCUGUUUACUUUAUUCAUCUAUCCCAGUUUACUUAUCUAAGUUUACUUUCGAUCUAAGUUUUCUUAUCUACAUCAUACUUCAGUAUCUGUCUAUAUUUCUGAGAUGA